AUAGAAACCAAUCAGCUUCCAGGUUUUAUUGCCAAAGCUUAAUUGAACAAGCUGAGGUUACAAGCUGAUUGGUUUCUCUGCAGAUAUAAUACUGAUUUUGCACUCUCCAGCUUUAGUAAAGAAACCCGUGUGCGUGUGUGUGUUCCUCCCUGGCGGUAUUCCCGAGUGUAGUUCGGGGUAAAGUUUCAGUACCACAAGCGGUAACCCCGAGCUACACUCGGGCUUACCAUGCAGUGCUGCUCCGGGAUCUGUUCUUCACUUACCUUGUCCUGCGCUCCCGCGAUGUCCCUACUGCAGUGUCCCCGGCAAUGUCCUCCGCAUCUGUCAUCUGGGUUCCGUCCCCUGCGAGCGUCGGGACGUACAGGGGACAGAACUGGCGGGAAAUUUGAAAAUGACAAAAAGUGACAUUCACUAAAUACACUAA